AUGAGCAUCGGAGGGUGGAGUAAUUCACGCUGUUCAAGCGUCCGGUUAGGCGGCAGGCAAGCGAAUUUGAAUGCGGAGUAUGAGAACAAGCCCAAAUGGCUUAAGUUUUGGAGAAAGAUCAGAAGGAAGAAGAAGAAGAGUGGUGGUAAUAAAUCUUCAUCUGCAACUCCUUAUGACCCUGAAUCUUAUAUGCAGAAUUUCGAUGAAGGGUCAGGGCAGAUGGAUGGACCGGAUUAUCUGUUCAGAUCCUUCUCAGCUAGAUAUGCUGAUCCAUCAAGAUCGUUGAGGUUUAAACAGUUCAUGGAUUCGUAG